AUGACCAAUCGGUCGCUACGCACCAUCCGAACUGAGCUGGAAUUUCUCACAGAUGCCUCUAUCAUCACACCCCAACAACUGGCCAACUUCCUAUCCCAACUACCAAACCAGACACAACUACAUGCCCCCGUCGUGUCGGCAGCAAGCCCGACACCUACCCCAGUACAAGCACCAGUACAAUCUCCAGAGCCUACUCCAGCCUUUAACCCUCCUACCGCCCAGCUUCAGAAUACCACUUUGAAUGAGAAAGCACCGACACAGUACUCCAGUCCGGCCCCACCGCCACCUGCUUAUGCUCAAACACCACCAGUCUUAUCGAUUUCAUCGGCCAUGUACGCCUACACACCGACUGAUGCUGGUGAUCUGGCCCUUCAGCCGAAUGAUCGUAUUCAAGUUCUGGAGCACAUGAACAAUGACUGGUGGCGUGGCCGAAAUGAGCGAACAAACCAGGAAGGAAUAUUCCCUCGAAGCUAUGUCAGAGUUCUGGACGAGAAGCCCGCCGCUCCAGCCUUGCCCCAGCCUACCAAUUACGGAAACUUGCCUUUGGAUGUCGCUCAAUCCGGAUCAUCUGCAACUGACGCCAGCGGUCGUCGACCUAGUAAAUUUGAGGAGCAAGGCAAGAAAUUUGGAAGGAAGAUGGGCAAUGCCGCAAUCUUCGGUGCUGGUGCCACUAUUGGUUCCAACAUUGUUAAUGGCAUCUUUUAA